AUGUUCCUUCUAAAACAUAGAGAGGCGGACUUGGUGGUGGAGGGGAUGGAGGCUGUAGCAGAAAUGGUAGAAAAAGUGGCAAUGGCGACUGAAGACAUGGCUGAAGUAAUGGAAAAGAAUCUGCCUGAGCAAAGUAAACUUAAGCAAGUGGCUGUGGUUCUGGAACAUAUUUCAGAGGUUGCUGCACACGAAGCACAUCUUACCCACGAUUUUCUUCACAAGGUAGAAAAAGUCGCACAAGAUUUGGAUGAGCUGGAGGCAAUGAUAGAGCAUUUGGUGGACAAAAGUGAGGCAAAUGCUGAAACUAAGCAACAAAAAGGUGACGAAGAAAACUCUGAGCCUUCACGCCACUAA